AUGCUAUUACGCAACUUAGAUAUAACUAAAGGACUCUGCAACGGCACCAGACUAUACAUUAGGAACCCCCACGACUAUAUUCUAGAUGCCGUAAUCCUCACUGGAAGCCAUGUCUCACAAAGAGUCCUCAUGCCGCGUGUUAAACUUGCCCCAUCCGACGCAAACCUUCCCUUCACACUACAGAGGAUUCAAUUUCCAAUCAGACUUGCCUACUCUAUGACUAUAAACAAGUCCCAGGGCCAGACUUUCGACAAACUCGGACUCUACCUCCCAGCCCCUGUGUUCUCCCACGGCCAGCUAUAUGUUGCCUUUUCACGUGCCAGCGGCUACUCCAACAUCUACAUCAAAGUGGACAAACAUUCAUCACAAGGCCUUUUCAACAACAGGACCCUCACGCAAAAUGUCGUCUACAAGGAAAUCUUUUAA